AACAUAUAUUAAAGAAGAUGUCCAGUAGCAGAUACCUAAAAAAAACAAAAAAUAAUAGUAAUAAUAAUAGUACUAAUAAGCAAAGAAAUAGUAGUAUUUUUCCAUACUUGUUGGAUUUUGAAGUAUGACUGAUUCAACUACUUUAUCAGCAACAGGUAUCAGUUAACUCCAUCAGCAUAAUUCAUUCUCCUUGCGGGCGGGCUAGAUUCUAGAGGAGAUAUGUUGAUUAAUGGAUCCAAAAAAGGAGAAGAAGAAUGUUGUAAGCAUCGCGAGUUCAAGGUUGACCCAGCAAAUCUUCCAUCUUUGACUUGGCAGCGCAAGUUAAACUGUGAUGAUAUCUCCCUUUCAGAAUUCAAUCUUAAGCUGAAAGAAAUGGUCUCUAUGGCUCCAUUGGGUUUCCGUCUAUGGAGAUAUCUACAAGAAGAAAAAGCCAAAGGAAAGGAUGCUAUAUUUAUCAAUCCUUUCAUGAAAAGGGUCUACUCAUCAUGCCAAGGCGUUCCUAUUGGUGGAAUGGGUGCAGGAAGCAUAGGUAGAAGCUUCAAAGGUGAAUUUUUGCGCUGGCAAAUAUUUCCUAGGAUAUGUGAAGAUAAACCAGUUCUGGCAGACCAAUUUUCAAUAUUUGUUACACGUCCUAAUGGUGAAAAAUAUUCUACUGUGUUAUGCCCGAGAACUCCAAAUGAUUCGUCGGCUUCUGGAAUAGGAUCUUGGGACUGGAAUUUGGGUGGCCAAAAUUCUACAUAUCAUGCUCUUUAUCCAAGAGCAUGGACUGUAUAUGAUGGGGAACCUGAUCCAGCACUCAGGAUAGUAUGCCGUCAGAUCUCUCCUUUUAUCCCCCACAACUACAAAGAGAGCAGCUUACCUACAGCAGUCUUUACUUUCACGCUGCAUAACUUGGGAAAGACGUCUGCAGAUGUCACUUUAGUUUUCACCUUGGCAAAUUCUGCUGGUGGAGAUUCUGGAAUUUCUGGCCAUCAUUUCAAUUCAAAGUUUAGAACGGAAGAUGGAGUCCAUGGCGUACUCUUGCACCACAUGACUGGCAAAGAACUGCCUUCUGUAACUUUUGCAGUUGCAGCAGAGGAAAAUGAUGCAGUUCACAUCUCUGAGUGCCCUUUCUUUGUGAUAUCAGGAGACUCCCAAGGAAUUACAGCAAAAGAUAUGUGGGAUGAAGUAAAAAAGCAUGGAUCUUUUGACCACCUUCAAUCUGAGGAAAUGUCAAUGCCUUCUGAACCGGGAUCACUUAUUGGAGCGGCAGUUGCAGCCUCACUAACUAUUCCAGCAGAUGAUGUAAGAAGUGCGACAUUCUCAUUGGCAUGGGCCUGCCCUGAAAUUAAUUUUGCAAGUGGUAGAACUUAUCACAGGCGCUACACAAAGUUUUAUGGUACUAUGGGUCAUGCUGCUGCAAAAAUUGCACAUGAUGCUAUCCAAGAUCAUACUCAGUGGGAGUCACAAAUAGAAGAAUGGCAGAAAAUUAUUAUUGAAGACAAGAGGCUUCCCGAAUGGUACCCGAUAACUCUCUUCAAUGAGCUCUAUUAUUUAAAUGCAGGAGGGACAAUUUGGACUGAUGGAUUGCCACCCGUUCAAAGACGUUUAUCAACAAUUGAGAAAAAAUUUUCCAUAGAUAGAUCUAGUUCGGAUUUUAAGAGAAGUGCUGAUCCAACCCAUUCGGAUGACACUGCUGUUCUCAUUCUUGAAAGGAUGGGCUCAGUGCUUGAGGAACUUCAAACUCCUGCUUCUGUAAAUGCUGCUUUCGGAACAAAUCUUCUUCAGAAGGGAGAGGAAAAUGUAGGCCAGUUCCUCUACCUUGAAGGAAUUGAAUAUCACAUGUGUAACACAUAUGAUGUUCAUUUUUAUGCAUCGUUUGCUUUGACUAUGCUAUUCCCAAAACUUGAACUUAGUAUACAACGAGACUUUGCAGCUGCUGUGAUGAUGCAUGAUCCUGGUAAGAGAAUGCUCUUGGAAGAUGGAAUGUCAGCGACAAGGAAUGUUGUUGGCGCACUUCCUCAUGAUAUUGGAAUGGAUGAUCCAUGGUUUGAAGUAAAUUACUAUUGCCUGUAUAACACAGAUAGGUGGAAAGAUUUGAACCCAAAAUUUGUUCUUCAAGUUUACAGGGAUUUUGUUGCGACCGGUGACAAAAAGUUUGCUGAAGCUGUUUGGCCAUCUGUGUAUAUGGCAAUGGCUUUCAUGGAACAAUUUGAUAAGGAUGGGGAUGGGAUGAUAGAAAAUGAAGGAUUUCCUGAUCAGACAUAUGAUGUAUGGUCUGUCUCUGGUGUGAGUGCUUACUGUGGUGGCCUAUGGUUGGCAGCUUUGCAGGCUGCAUCAGCCCUAGCUCGAGAAGUUGGUGACAAGGGUUCUGAAGACUACUUUUGGUUUAAGUUCCAAAAAGCAAAGGAAGUUUAUCAAAAAUUGUGGAAUGGUUCUUACUUUAACUAUGACAAUAGUGGCAGUGCCGUAAGCUCAUCCAUUCAAGCUGAUCAAUUGGCUGGACAAUGGUAUGCUCGAGCAUGUGGUCUUCUACCAAUAGUUGAUGAAGAAAAAGCUAAAACUGCACUUGAGACAGUGUUCAAUUUCAAUGUCAUGAAGGUCAAGGAUGGGAGGCGAGGAGCAGUGAAUGGGAUGCGGCCCAAUGGAGAACCUGACUCAUCUAGUUUGCAGUCAAGGGAGAUAUGGUCUGGAGUUACAUAUGCUGUAGCUGCAGCCAUGAUUCAGGAAGACAUGGCGGAUACGGGAUUUAAAACUGCAGCUGGAGUCUAUGAAACCGUUUGGUCUGAAAAUGGCUUUGGCUAUGCUUUUCAGACCCCAGAAGGUUGGAACACAGAAGGCCGCUACAGAGCUCUGGGUUACAUGCGGCCUUUAGCAAUCUGGGCAAUGCAAUGGGCAUUAAACCCACCUAAGAUUCCUAAGCAAGAGAUGAAACCAGAAUUGGAGGCAGAUUCAUUAUCUAGGCAACAUGCUGGUUUUCAAACGGUAGCUCGUUUUCUAAAGCUGCCCAAAGAGAAAGAUGCUAGAAGUGUCUUUCAGGUCCUUUUUGAUUACACAUGUAAAAGAAUGACAGGCUAAUAGAGGCUUUCUGAAAAAGCCUGCAUUCUCAUAUACCAGAACAAAUAUUCUUGAUCCAAUUCCUUGUGCAUAGUAUUAUUGUUAUUCUUCUGAGUAAGGGGUGGAAAAAGUCAAGCUAGAAAUGAUGUAUCUGUUUGUACUUGAGACACAAUUCAUGUGGAAAGACAAUUGGCAACUUGUGUUGCACAAAAAGUGUUUUUUAUAUGUUUACAUACAUAGCGUUUUUCUAA